AUGGCUGCCGUCACUGCCACCAGCGCCGAUGGUGCUACUACUCCAUCCAAUGAGCCGUGGGCCAACCCUUUGAGCAAGCGAUUCCAAAGUCGCAUUGUUCUUACGACCUACCCUGGGCAGAGCGUUGUUGACCCCAUCACUCUCAACUGGGGCGCUGCCGACCCCGAAGAGCGCGGGCCUAUCGUCGUCUCCAGGUCAGGAGAGACACUCAAGAAACGAAAUGCCAUUGGAGCCCAUGGCGGAAGCUACAGCGUGUACAAUGCUCUCGCUAUUGCAAGUGGAGAUCUUCCACCGGAUUUCAAGCCCGAUUUCCGAAACACACAGCCAACCUUCGAUCCUCCCAUCCAGCCAGCUUGGGGCGAUGCCUCAAAGAUUGUCGCAAUGGAUCCAUUUGGGCAUAAUAUCGCUCGAUACUACAAGACACAUCUUGACUCCGGGCUUGACAUUCGACCGACUAUUGCCAUUACUCGCGCGCACAUGCGAGUCUCGGAGAUUGUUACUUCAAUCGAGAGCGGCCAACUGCAAGUGGACGGCAACGUGGUCAUUAACAAAGAAGGAGACGUGCGGGUGACCAAGGUCGCCGUAGAACCUGUUUGGUUUCUGCCAGGCGUCGCUGCGCGAUUCAACGUCGACGAAGGUGUGCUACGCCGUGCCCUAUUCGAGUUCACCGGCGGCAGUUACCCUGAGCUCGUGACGAGGCCAGAUGUCAACGUCUUCUUGCCUCCGAUCGGUGGCUUAACUGUUUACAUAUUUGGCCCUCCCGAGCGUGUCUCAGACCCAAAUGUGAAGCUAGCUCUCCGAGUCCACGACGAGUGCAACGGCUCAGACGUCUUUCAGUCAGAUAUCUGCACGUGCCGGCCGUAUCUCGUGUUUGGCAUUGAGGAAGCCAUCAAGGAGGCGCAAAAUGGCGGAUCCGGUGUUGUCAUCUACUUCCGCAAAGAGGGUCGUGCACUGGGAGAGGUGGUCAAGUACCUAGUGUACAACUCGCGAAAGCGUGGAGGCGAUACAGCGGACCAGUACUUUGCGAGAACUGAGAACGUUGCCGGUGUCCGAGAUAUGCGAUUCCAAGCACUAAUGCCCGAUAUCCUCCACUGGCUCGGCAUCAAGAAGAUCGACAGGAUGCUGUCCAUGUCCAACAUGAAGCAUGAUGCUAUCGUGGAGCAAGGCAUUCCCAUCCUAGAGCGUAUCCCCAUCCCCGAACAUCUCAUUCCUUCAGAUUCAAGGGUGGAAAUUGAUGCCAAGAUCAAUGCUGGCUAUUUCACUGAUGGUAAGAAGUACACAGACGAGGAGUUGAAGGAAGUGAAGGGACGUGGAUGGCAGAGCUGGGAAGAUGUGGCUCAUUAG